AGGGUGGGUGCAAAUGACCCUCUCCCUUCCCUGCCAGUAUUGGCUCCUGGGUCAUCCUGUGCUGGGUGUCCUCGGUGGACAGGGAAGAAAACCCAGGGAAUCUCACAAGGCUCAGGCCACAUCCUGAGCUUCCUGAGCUCCAGCUCUAAACUGUGACUCCUGUGUGGGACUUUUGGGGAUGUGGACACAGAGCUGGGGUGUGGCAAUGCUGGGUGACACUCCCCCUGUUCCCCAGGAGCUCUUCCGGAAGGUGGUGCCCUCUCAGUGCCUGGGCUCCACCUGGGGCAAGAGGAACAAGCCUGGCAAUGAGCACCUGGCACCCACUCUCCAGGCCACCGUCGACCACAUCAGAAGAGUGGUCAGCCUCAUCAUCACCACCUGCCUCGGGGACCUGAGCAUGACGGUGCCGGACAGGGAGUGCAAGAUCCUGAAGAACCUCUCCUCACCCUGUACUGUCAUCUCUGCUCUGCAGAAAACCUCCACAAACCACCUGAAAAAUACACGAGGGAAGUUUCCUGGGAGAGCUCUGAAAAACUUAAGGAGCGCUAUAGCCAAGAAGAGUCCUUGAGCAGAGAACUGAUGACAAAGGAGGGGCCUUCCAUGUUUGCCUCCCGGAGAGCAACCCCCAGAGAGUGCAGGAG